CAACGCCCUGUUUUGUGUUUUCGACUACUGAGCUCUACUAGAAUGAUUUCGAUGGCCGAUACAGUCAAGAUGCCUGCAGAUAUCGCUCGAGAAUGCGAGGAGUCCGUGGAAUACGUGCAGCUCGUUGCAGACGUUCUGCUCCUCCACGACGACGUCGAACCGACGGCUGUCGAGCCAGUUACGAGCGCCAGCGACUCCUACGUAAAGUGCAGGGACACCAUCGUCGCGAGGACGAAGGGAUUGGCGAUAUUAGUGAGGGACUUGACGGUGCAAUUGCGCGGGGCGAAGCUGUCGGAUGUCUCGCGCACGCUAAGGAGUACGGCGGAGGCAGUCAUUGCUCUGACAGAGGCAGCGACGCAUGCCGCGUACACUAUCGGAGUCGCGGAUCCACGGAGUAAGCCCUAUCAGCCGGGACUUGUAGACAGAUAUCGCUUUUCUCGCGCUAGGUUUGGUAUCACGAGUGCAUGCCGGAAAUUUCACAAAGACUACGGGUCAUUGACCGAGCAGCAGAUCGUACAAGUUUCGAGCCAGAUUGCAGCCAACCUAACUGUCCUCACAGAAUCAAGUCGAAUGGCAGCCGACAUUGCUCCUGAUCCGAUGUCUCAGGAUCAAUUCCGUCAAUGUGCCAAGAGCAUCAGCGGUACCACGGCGGCCUUGCUGUCUGCCAUCAAAUGCUACGCCAAGUCUCGUCAGGAGAAAGACCGCGAGAAGUGUAUUAUUUUCACGAAACCUCUUCUGGAGACCAUCAAUGCGAUGAUGGCAUUCGGAUCUCUACCUGAAUACUCGGGUGUUGCCGCGAGAAUGAGCGAACAGGGAAGGGAAGCUCAGUGUGCAAUACUCGGCGGUGCGAUGGCCGUCGUGUCUUCCUCUAUUCGGCUUUUCACUUCUACAGCAUCGCUCAUUGAGAAUCACGAAGAUCCGGUUCAGUGGCAGAAGAUGAUGCAAUGCUGUAAGGCGAUUUCGGACUCGACGAAACUGCUUUCAGGUGCUCUGAGAGAAAACAGCAUUACUGGGUCUCAGAGAGCACCAUUUUUUGCAGUGAACAGUCAAGAGUAAAGAGUAGAUAACACUGGGAGACUGGGAUUUCUGUAUGUAGUUUGAUGAGGAUGGAUUGAGGCGACUUUGUAGCAGGCUACUGCUGUAUUAUUGUAUUUCUACUGAGACUAUACAAAUACCAAUGAAGAUGCAUGCAUGUGUGCGUAGACAAAGGGAAGAUAGAGAUUGUUCUCUUGUUACUGAUGUGGAUGGCAUUGCCACGAGCAGCUGGCAUGGCAUGCAGACACAUGGCAGCAUCUCUCUGUAAUGCUUACCCUUGGCAACAAAUUUUUUUAUUAAAAUGUAUGUCCCUUGGAAAUCAUUAUUGAAUGUACUGGUAGCCAUUUGUUGAUUGCUCUGCCUGCUUGUGACUUCUUAAGGUAUGUACCGUCAUGUCAGCAGUCUCUUGAAUGCUGUCACUAUUGACCACGUGGGCAGAUUGAUCACACGUGGCUGUAACCUAUAA